AUGUGUUUCCGUGACGUUACGGCACGCGAAUGUAUUUUCCUGAGGCUGUGUACGCUGUGGCCGGAAUUUUAACUCGGUGCGGAAUCUUUUACCAACCUUUACCGGCUUUACUUCCUCUUUGGUGGAUCGACACAGACCUUCCCAUCUUCGGUGACCUGUAGGAGACAGUAGGACCAUGGUACGUCCUGUCAAGCGGAGGUCGGCCGACCCGCAGGUGGUCAAACAGCUGUGGAACGCCAUCGGCCACAUCCGCGAGCAGAAGCAGAUCGCCAACAUCGAGCGCAUCACCAAGUACAUGGGGCGCGAGUACGAGAUCUCCAACCGCGAGACCGUGAAACAGCUGGGCCACGCCGUGAAGGACGGGCUCGUGAUUGAGACGGUGACCCUCGGGGUCAAGGGCGCCAAGGCCGGGGUGGAGCAGGAGGGGUACUGGCUGGUCGGGGACGAUCCGAUAGUGCCUCUGGAUCCAGGAGGCACAGAUCACACAGAGGGAGAGGACCAUGACUGGUACUGUUUUGAGUGCCACCAGCCGGGGGAGGUUGUCCUGUGUAGCGGGUGUCAGCGGGUCUACCACAGCAAGUGUCUGCCUGAGGAAUGUAAACCUCGCGACUCUGCUACCCAGUGGUACUGUCCUGUCUGUCAGGCAAUGCAGCGUAAGACCCAGCCCAUCAAGAAGAAGGAGUUGAACAGGAUGCUCGUGUUUGUGGUCUACAGAAUGAAAGAAAAGCAAUCCCGUGAGCUGUCCAGAAAAGUCAGUCUGCAGGACCACCCAAACUUCCCUCGCCUGGUCCACACACACAUGGACCUGUCCAUCAUGCAACAGAGGGCCGAGGAGUGCAAGUUCAAGUGUCCGGAGGAGUUUGAGGCAGCGACUCGACAGAUCCUCCACAAUAACCUGAUCUACUACGGAGAAGAGAGUGAGUUUACAGAGCUGGCCAGAGUAGUGCUGGCUGACUGCAGACAUGACCUGCGAGAGAUCCAACUGUGUAAGGACUGUUACAUGAUGUCCAACUCCAGAAACCUGAAGGACUGGUUCAUCAGACCUUGUGACCCUCCCCAUGCCCUUGUGUGGGCGAAGAUGAAGGGCUUUGGUUGGUGGCCAGCUAAAGUGCUACAGGACAAGGACGGCCAAUCAGACGUCAGGUUCUUUGGAAGACUUCACCAGAGAGCCUGGAUCCCAGAGGACUGUAUCAAGCCCAUCGACAUCAACAUUCAGCAGCUGCAGAAGAAGCGAACAGCGGCUUGGAAGCGAGCGUAUGAUGAAGUACAGGAACACCAGGCCAGGCUAGAACACGUCCAGACCAACCCCCUGUCGGUGUCGUCCGAGUCGCAGGGCUCCUCCAACAGUGAGGGGGAGGAUGAGGAGGAGGAGGAGGAGGAGACCAUGCAGGAUGCAGACGACAGCGGGGAUGAAGUGUCUGAACCGGAGGAGCCCAUCUCCAGCACAUCCAACGGGGACCAACAGGAGCUUGCUGAAGCAGUGAACCAGGUGAGCUCCACAGGUGAGGUGCUGCAGCCCACGCCCCCGGCUACACCCCAGAAGGCCUCCGUCUCCACAGUCGCCACACAGACACGGAAGUGGGCGUCGGCCGCGGAGGGGAAGGCUCCCAGCACCAAGACCAAGUUCGUCCAGACGACCACGUCCAACGCACCCGCCUGUAACUGUCACGAGAAAUACAACAAGAUCUUCUCAGACUUCAAGGAGAGAAUGGAGGAGAACCACAAGAAGGAGAAGGAACAGAUACAACAGGACCUUACAGAUAAGCUGAAGACUGAACAUGAGCAGGACAAGCGAGAGGCCCUGGCCAAGGCAGCUGCGAGUAACAAGUCUGAGGUGGAACAGGCCGUCAAGAAAGCCAAGGAGGAAGUCGAGACGUCCAAGACAGCGGAUCGUAAACAGAUGGAGGAGGAACACAAGGCUGAGAUCUCAUUUGUCAAGAGACGUCAGUGGUGUUACAACUGCGAGGCAGAGGCCAUGUACCACUGCUGCUGGAACACCAGCUACUGUUCCGUCAAGUGUCAACAGGAACACUGGCACGCAGAGCACAAGAAAACCUGCCGACGCAAGCGCUGAGACGUGCAACCCCUCAGCAGACCAAGUCAUCCAGCUUGUUCCUUAGUUUUAAACAUCGUUCUUCUACAUUGUUGAGAGAUAUUUUGAAUGAUUCAAUUGUAAUCAAGCUUUUGCUAAUGCUGGCAGAGUGAAUGUUUUGGACCCUGAAGAUAUUGAACCACUUCUUAAUCUUAUUGGAGCCAGACGAUUUAGUUUUGUUACUGUAAGUUAUAACAGUCUUUCAUUCUCACAGCAGACUUACUCUUGUUCUUAUUCCUUACAGAUUACCCUCCAUUUGCAAGUACAUGUAUUUUUACAUGUAGAACAUACACCUCCUUGACUACACUUUUCCAACUAAAUUACUAAUACAACACUAGGUGGUGAAUAGAACAACAUAUGCAAACUGUAUACUACGCCAUCCACAGGUUUGUUUCCUAUGGAAAUUUCUAAUGUAACAGUGAAAAAGUGUGUUACCUUAAAUCCUCUCACAAGCUUCUCACUGUAUUAGAUACCAACCAGUUUCAUAGAUAUACUUGGUGACAAGACUUCAGCUAAUUCAGUAUGUCCAGUUUGCAGUCUGUAGGUAUUCCUGGUGUCUGCAUGUUUUUCUAGCUCCUGUAAGGUUCAUGUAGCAAUUUCACCAAGCUGAAACUUACAAAAGUGUUACUACUGCCAGCACUGGGCUUUAUGGCAAUGCACUGGCUAAGUACUGUAUUAUAUGACUAGAUUUCUUUUCAAAAACAUCACAGUUUGAAAGUACAGUAAUAACUUGAUUCAAAUGUUAAUAAGAGAACAGAAUAGCAUUUUGUUGUUUUUUUUUCUUUGUUUGAAUAUUGCUACUAGUAAUGCUGCCCACAUUUUGAUGCUGCUGGUUGCCAGAUAUAAAACAGUUGAAACAUUAUGUUGCCAUUAUAAUACAUGCCAUGUUAGGAUAGAUUGCCAUGCAGACUUUUUUUGUUACAUUGUAAAAUAUCCAUCAUAACCAACAACUAGCACUGUUCUACUAGAUUUUUUUUCAACAUAGGGAUUUUGCAAUUCUGAAGUUGCUUGCAAUGAAAUUAUAACUUACUGAUCUUGUAAAUAGAACUAGAGCUUAGUGAUAUUUAUGAAAUAUUUUUGUUUUGUUGUUUUUAUUUUUGUUUUACUUAGGUAGCCCUUUUUGUGUGUAGGAAGAGGUAUCUCAAACUAGUACAUGUUUGAUGCCAUUCAGAUUUAAAGUACGAAGAAUGAAUUGAAUCUAUGAUGGAAAUAUGUGCUAAAUAUUGGCCAGCGCUCCCUCCAAUGGACUUACGCAGCUGUAAUGAAAAGAAAUGGGUCUUUAAUAUAAAGUGUAAUACAUGUACAAUAUUACCAGCAUUGUCGCAGCUUUCUGAGUGAUGUAGAUUUAAAGUAAAACUGGAGAUCCUGCAGUUUGGUACUUCCAGUUAUGGUGAUGAUAUUGCAUCAGUUACACACUGGAUAGGGGAGUUUGCAAUAGACUUUGUGUGCAAAAUCGUAACACUAGCCAGUAGCCAUGAUUUCAUUGUUUCUGAGUGUGCUGUUUUUAUUUUCCUUUUACUUUGUUUUUCGUGGUGUCAGUGUCACAGAUAAAUUUUGGACAUUUUGAAUUUCUUAUACAGUAUGAUGUGUAUGACUGGAUGUAUGAUGUCAGUAUUGUCAAGAAAGGGUUUAAAAACGGAGCAAAACCAUUGGACCAAAAUACAAAAGGAAUGUACGUAUAUAAAGUAGAAAUAUUGUGUUUAACAUUGGCAUUCAGAUUCCUACACAGGUAAAACACUUGCUUUUCUGUUUAUUUUGGAUGCUCAGCUAUGUUUUUUAGGCAGAAAAAAUUUUUUCAUGACACAACUUGGACAAGUCAAGGAGCCUGUCUUCCAGUAUUGCAUCUUCUACUCAUCAUUGGAGUAAAAGACCAUAGCCUAGAUAGGCUAAACCUGUGAGCCACCAACUGUUGUAUAUAUCUAUAUUAUAUGGCAUAUUCCAGGGACGUGCAGGCAGGAACCUACGGAAUGUCAGUUACUUCCAGGAAGGAGGUUAUAUCCUCACUAUAAGUGAGGAUAUAUCCUCACUCCUUGCUUCUAGGAAAGGUUGUACAUGUACCUUGAAAGACUGCCAAACAUGGAAUACUUUAAUCUUAAUACCAUUUUUUUUACAUGGUGUCUUGAAUCUUUCUUGUUCAAAGAAGUUUUUUAAUGUUCUUGUCCUGUUAAUGAGCACAUAGGAAAUUUACAUGGGCCAUCAUCUUUUGUAACUUUGGCCUUAGAUACCAUUCCUUUCUAUUGGUUGGUUCUAGCAAGAUUUGAACUGUCAAACAGAUGUCAUUUUGUUCCUUUCCUUGAUUUUUUAUCCUCGUAAACCAUUUGCACAUUAUAAUCUAGGCUACAUGUAGAUGUGCAACAGGACUGUAAGGCCUAGAGUGAAGUAUAGAGCCAUCAUAUCUAAAGGAAAUGAGUAUAUGAAGAAAAAGAACUCAUUACACAGUGUUGUGGUCUUUGCAUCCUGUAUAGGCUUGGUUAUGUUUCAUCAUAAUUUGGACAGAAUGAUUGUUUGAAUGCACAGAAAGGACUGCAACAGAUGUGAGGAAGGAUGACUUACAGUAUUGACCUGUUUUUUGGCAAAGAACAUCACAGAGAAUGACUGUAUGUAACUACAUGUACUUUUUUGAAUCACUGUUUUCACAGAUACCCAAGUGUGGAAAGAUCUGGACAAAAAUUAGUCCCAGUAAAUGUAAAUAUUGAUGUAACACAUGGGCCGCUUAUGUAGUAUUGCCUUCAUGUGUGUUGUUCGUACGUGUAUUUAUGCUUUUGCUGUGCAUUGUGUAAAUGGAUAAGAGCUAGUAUUUCUUUUUUUUUUCUUUCUGUAUAGCCUGGGUGCCUUUGUAAGUAGUUUUCUGUGUACUCCCUUUGUACAAAACUAUCUAGGAUGGUACCCAGGCUAGUUUGUGUAUAGGCUUCCAGUGGAAAUA